AUGGCCGACGACCAGCUCAUCCUCCCCAUCAUCGACUCCCACAUCCACCUCUACCCCAAAUCCGAAGUCGACUCCCUCGCCUGGUGCUCACCAUCCAACCCCCUCUACGGCCAGCGCUCCAUCGCCGAAUACAAAGAGGCCACCAAGUCGGCCCCCUCCCUCCUCGGCUUCGUCUUCGUCGAGACAGACCGCAAGAAUGACCUAGAGACAGGCAAGACCGACGGUUCAGGAUGGGAAGCUCCCCUCCAAGAAGUCAACUGGCUCAAGAGAAUUGCCCUCGGGCAACCUAAAGAAGGGGAGGGCCACACCGCCGACGACGCAAAGCUCUGUCUGGGAAUUAUCCCCUGGGCACCGCUACCGAGCGGCAAGGACGUCAUGGAGAAGUAUUUGGACAGGGUGAAGGAGGAGGCGGGCGAGGCGUGGCCCAAGGUCAAGGGAUUUAGGUACCUCCUGCAGGAUAAGCCGAACGGGACGAUGCUGACGGAGGAUUUCAUCGAGAGCUUAAGGUUGCUGGGGAGGAGGGGGCUGGUGUUUGAGGUGGGUGUUGAUCAGCAUAGGCGUGGGAAGAAGCAGCUGGAUGAAUUGGUGGAGAUGAUUGACCGGGCUCACGAUGGUGUUGAGGAGGAUAAGAAGGUGACCUUCAUUUUGAAUCACCUCUGCAAGCCCGAUCUUACAAUUUACAACAUCACUUCCGACCCUGCGUUCCACGCCUGGCGCACAGCCAUGUACACCCUCAGCAAAGCAUCCAACACAUACAUGAAGCUGUCUGGUGGCUUCUCCGAAAUGCCCGAGGCGUUGCGCACACAGGAACCCGGUCACAUUUUCCAAUCGACACUGGGAUGGCUGGGCAUUGUGCUGGCGACAUUUGGUCCCUUCCGCAUCAUGUAUGGCAGCGAUUGGCCUGUGUGUACGCUGGAGGGAAUGGGUGACGAGGCGUGGCCGAAGUGGAAGGAGGUUGUUGAGAAGAUGUGUUGGAUGGCGACAUUGCCGGAUGAGGAACGGGCUAUGAUUUUUGGGGGCACCGCCAAGAAGGCGUAUAAUUUGUAA